AUGCCGGUCCUUUUCCAAGCUGCCGCUUAUCUUGUUCAUGCCAAGUCGAAUUGGGCCUGGGAGUUCAUGUUCCCUGAUCCUAACAGUGGAGGACCAAUCACAGCUCAGGCAGCUGUGGUGUUUGUUCGCGUGACUUACACUGAAAGGGAUGGCAACAGGACUGUCCAGGGAUUUGGGUCCCUCCGGGAUGCCUAUAUGUACUCUCAGCAGAUUGGAACCUUUUGGGAGGCUGUUGAUGCAGCAAACAGAUGCAACGAGGUUGUUAAGAGGGUUUGUUACCGACAGGUCUUGGAUUUGAUGAAUCAGCAGAUUGGAACCUACGGGCAGGGUUAUCUCCCGCAUGAACUCAAGAGGGCCAUGAACGAAAUUGAGGGGUACCUCAACGUCGCGUUGACUGUUUGGGUCUAG